AUGAAUGAUGCUGAAUCUCUGGAUGACUACUUUGCUCGAUUUUUUGGAAUUGUAAACAACUUGAAAUCUCUAGGAGAAGAUGUAAUAGAGAAAAGGAUUGUCCAAAAAUUGCUGAUGAGUAUAAGUAGGAAGUACAAGUCCAUAGUGUCAAUCAUUGAAGAAACCAGAGACCUUGAAACUAUUAGAGUUGAAGAAAUUCUUGCAUCUGUCAAAGUCUAUGAUAAGAGAGAGGAUUUGCAUGAUGAAAGGGAUAAGUUGGCAGGAACUGAGAAAGCUUUUAGCAGCUUCAGAGUUGGAAAUAAUCAAGCUUCUGGAGCUAACAAAAGUUCUCAGGGAAAGCAAAAUCAAAAAUGGCAAGGACAAAACAAAAAGGGCUCGAAUUGGUCUCAAGGUGGAAACUCAAAUUGGAAUAAUGGCUCUGGAGGGAAUUGGAACAAUAGUUUCAAUUCACAAAACAAAAUAGAAGGAAGUAGCAGUCAAGGUGGUGUGAAACCACAGUGCCAAGUGUGCCAGAAAUACCAUUUUGGUAUCUGCAGAUAUAAAGGAAAACCCAAGUGUGGGAAGUGCAGUCGAUUUGGCCAUUUAACUAAGGACUGUGAAAGUGGUAAACAAGUUGCAAACUGUGCAAAGGAAGAAGAGGUAACCACAGGAACAAUGUUCUAUGCUUUUCAUGCAAGUUCAAUUGUAUCAAGCAAGUCUGUGUGGUUUGUUGAUGAAGAAGAGGUAACCACAGGAACAAUGUUCUAUGCUUGUCAUGCAAGUUCAAUUGCAUCAAGCAAGUCUGUGUGGUUUGUUGACAGUGCAUGCAGCAACCACAUGACCUCUCAACAGUCUUUAUUGAUCAAUCUUGAUAUGUCAGUGACCUGCAAAGUGAAAAUGGGCACUGGUGAUCUUGUUCAAGCCACAGGAAAAGGGACACUUGUAGUUGAGACAAGAAAAGGGAAAAGAUACAUGAAUGAAGUGCUGCUAAUUUUUCUUCGAUUUUGUUGUUUAAAAUCUUGA